AAUUGAUGCUUAGAGGCGGAGUUAUAUCGACAUUUGGCUGAUUGUGAUAAUGAGAGGGAAUGAAAUACUAAAAUAUGAUUGGCCCACUCUGUUUGCCGCUGAUUGGUCUGAGCUGUCCACGUCCACAAUUCGCGACCGUUUCCUCAUCUCCAUUUCCCGCACCUUUUUCCUCUUCACUUCACCAUGAGCUCUUCAAGCACUAACGAUUCCAUCAAGGAACAAAUUCAAGAGUUCGUUGAUGCCCCCAAGAACUUCUUCAAGGAUGGAAUGCAGUUCGUCAACCGUUGCACUAAGCCCGAUCAGCGAGAAUUCCUCAGAAUCUGCCAAGCUGUUGGUAUGGGAUUUGCUGCCCUCGGUGCUCUUGGAUUCAUUGUUAAGUUGAUUCACAUUCCUAUCAACAACAUCCUUGUGGGUGCCGCAUAAAGGCGAGG